UGGGCUCCCUUGACAUCAACGGUCCACAAUGUCUAGUACUUCGACAAAUAAGAAAAAAGAUUUUACUAACAUUAAAAAGCAGUCAUCUGCUGAACGUAAAAGAUUUUCGGGCAAUAAACCUUUACCUCAGCCGACACAUGUUGGGGAUUUUAUGAUGAUGCUGUUAAUGAAAGUUUGUCGCACUUGUUUACUGGUUGAUACCUCUGUAAAAAUUGGUGUUUACCUCAUUGGAGUUAUGUUUGGCUCUAUUAUUUGUGACCUUUUUGUGGUCCCCAAGACCUAUUUGGCUGACAGGAAGAACCCUCUGAAUUUGUACUUUAUCAAGAUGGGAUGGGCUUGGACUUUCACUUUUGUUGGGGCCUACAUUGGAUUAACCAGCUUUGUUUAUUGCUGCAGAGAUUUUUCUAGGAUAUGCCAACACUUCCUGAGACUAGCAGUUGGUACCUUUUGGUGGUAUUUCUGCACUAAAGUAUUCAUACACGUAGAAAGCAUCAUGGGUGUGUGUACUCAAUUAGUGCAUGAUAACAAAGCUACUUGCCUUGAGGCUGGUAAAAACUGGCUUGGAUUUGAUAUCUCAGGUCAUAUCUUUAUAGAAAUUCAUUGCCUUCUUAUUAUAUCUGAAGAAGUAAAAACUUAUAAAGAUUGGAAAAAGCUAGGGACAAUUUUGGAGGAUGAAGAUUUGCCAAACAAGAGAAAUUUAACAGAGGAGGAAAUCCUUCAGGCGCAGAUAAACUACAAAACAUUAACUCCAUUUAUUAAAAUGCUUCUUAUUUUUAUAACUGUCAUUCAGAUCUUGUUUGAGUUCAUGCUGUUGACCUCAACAGUUUACAGAUUUCACACCCUGGGACAGAAAGUAACAGCUUCAUUUGUUGCUGUAAUUUGUUGGUUUUUGAGUUACAGAGUCUUAUAUAGAUCAGGAAAUCCAUUUCCUUUUAUGCCUGUAAUGCCAGGAACUAGUCCUUUGAAUUUUAUGAAAAUAGUGUAAAAAUUCAUUACAUUUUCUUUACUUUAUGCCAUAAAAUUCCCAGUCUUAAUUAUAAAUUGCCAAUUAACACGGAUUAUUCUUUUAGAAUUUUUUAAAUUUAAGUUAAAAAAUCAAAGUAAAAGAAUACCAAACAAAACUGACAGGUAUUGCAAAUGUAAAAAAAACUGAUCACAUUUGUAUACUCCAUUUAGUUUAACAUUGGAUACUUUGAAAACAAAAAACUAUAUUCCAAAGAAAAUGCACUCCCUUAAAAGGAGCAAAAAUACUUUUAAACUUGUGUUUGAUGUAUGUGCUACAUUAGUAUCCCAGUCAUAAAGAAUUUGCUGGUAGUUUUCCAAAUGUUUCCCAACUAACAUUUUUGCAAACCAUUUCUUUUCCCCCUUUGCUUACAUUUUUUUUGUUCAAAUGUAUGUUAAUGAAGGAAAUUGCUUUACAAAUUUUGAGAUCAUUAUGAUUCAUGAUUAUUUUUUACCAACAUGUGUUGGCUCUUGUGUGAGAUUUUGAAAGAGAAUAUUUUGCAUUCUGCUGAUGUAACUCCCAAUGCUUUUCCAAUGCUAGAUUAUGAGUAAAUUUUUGAUAGUUUAGUUAUUCAUUAAAAUGUGAAUGAGAUGAGACAAAGUGUCACUAUCAGCUGAUGAUAUUUAAAAAACAAAACAAAUGAAAUACAUUUUAUUUAAAACAUUUGAAGCCAUCAAACUAAAUAAUAUUUUUAUAAGAUGUAUUUUAACAUAUUUAACUGUGUCACUAAAUAAAAUAAAUAAGGAAUUUUGGAACAUUAAAUUGCAUUUAGUUUUAGCAUGUUAACAUUUUAUCCUACAUUUUAAAAUAGAAGGUUUAUAAUGUAUGUUAUUGAACAACAGUUUUUACUAAGUUUAGUGCAGUUAAGAACAAGUUGUAUGUUUCUUUAUUUUUCAUAUAUCUCAAUAUAUAUUUGAGUUGGUCCAGGCUGCUGUUUUAAAGGUUUUCAUACUUGUCUUAAAAAAAUGUCUGUUUAGAAUUUAUCAAUUUUGAGAGCUUUUCCAAGCAUUUUGAUUAGUAAAAAUGGAUUCUGGUAAGAAAACGCUGAAUUCAAAUAAUGAAUUUAAUUACAAAACAAUGUAUGUCAACAUCUAAUCCAUUACUUCUUUGUUAAGAUUUGUGGUUAAAGAAAGAAUUUUUAAACCUCAUCUAUUUAAAAAUAGCAACUUUUUCAGUAACAUUGUGUUUCUUCUCAAUAAUGUUGUGGUGAGUGCUAACUAACUGGUAAAAAGUUAUUUGAUAUACCUUUUAUAUAUAUAUAUAUAUAUAUAUAUAUAUAUAUAUAUAUAUAUAUAUAUAUAUAUAUAUAUAUAUAUAAACAGAGUGAGAUUUUUAAUAUUUCAAUUUCUCAUCUUGACCCCUCAUAGAUAUGUGUUCCACAGAGUUUAUAAUUUUUUUUCUUUUGGUGAAGGUAUUUAAAUAGACAACAAUCUGAUCUCACCUAUGUGUGUACUUUACAUAGAUCACACCCAUCUUUCCUUUGUCAGCCAUAUCCAAAGUAUCCACAUUCUUUGAGCCAUUCAAUGUAUUAGUACUAUCUUGUUUUAUUUUCUAGUCAAUUCAUUGUCAUAUUAUGAUUACAGUUAAAGGAAACUAAAUUAAUUUUUUGUUGCCAAAAUAGACAUAAAUGAAGCUUAUAUUUGCUUUUCUAUCUUAAACCUUUGUCUAUGUUUUUUUUUGCUCAUUUAUUAUAUGUAACAUUACAUCAGACGGUGUUCUUUCCUCAAGUAUACUGUUAAUUUAUUUAGUCAGAAUGCUACUUAAUGGUUUUUAAACACAUUAUUAAGAUUGAUAAAUAAUAGUUGAAGCAAUUUUUAAUGGAAUAUUGUAUAUUAAUUUGAAGCACCUUACUCUUAUCAAUGAUGUGCUGUUUUACUGUAGUGUAGCAUUAGAAAUGUAGCAUGUGGGCUGUUUUUUAAAUACACAUUAAUUGUUAAUAUAACCAAACACAUCAAGCAUUGUUGCAAAAACAAAUUUUACAUUUUAAAAAUAUUUUUUAAGAAUUAUGUUUAAUAUUCUUAUGAAUAUAAUUUUAUUUUGAUUAUAUAUCUUGUAAACACAUUAUUUUAAAAAGCAUAUAAAUUUGAUGGAAAACUGUCAUCUCAUUAGAUAAAACGGGUAGAGAAUACAAGAUGCAGAUUAAGGUUUUCAUGUUUUGGUUUUUUAACUCAUAGGAUAUAUUAAAUAAUGUAAAGAUGUCUGACAUCAUCAAAUAUUUCCACUUUUUUUAUGGAAAUGCUGACUUUGUGUUUGUAGAUAGGUGCCAUGUGAAUGAUAAAUACAACACCUUUUAUACCCAGCAGAACUAGGUGUUUGUCAUUUAUUAUGUUUGCUUCACUGUAUCUUCACAUAGUCGCUGUCAAAGAUUGUUGUUUUGUUUUGGUUUGGUUGUCUUCAAUGUGGAAAAU